CGAGUGUGAACACAAAUGUCGUAUGUCAGCGUCUUUGUUUUUGACUGCCCAAUGUGUUGUUAGGGUAUUAUUACUUUCAGUUUGAUAUUGUCUGCGAUGAUUGGGUAAGCUGGUCAUUAACAAUGGUCACAUGAAAAGCUUGUGACUCUUUGGCUGUUUUGUUUUAUACCUUGUUCCGGACGGAUCUUACGAAGCUAAGACGCCUGAAGUAUGAGAUUCAAAAUUGUUCCUAUGUUCCUGUCACUGUGCACAUGUUUGUUGACAUUUGUACUCCAGGUUGGCGGUCGUCCAUUGCACAUUCUGUUGGUAGUUGUGGAUGAUUUUGGAUGGAGUGAUGUGGGAUUUCAUGGCUCAAAAAUCAACACCCCAAACAUGGACAAGCUGGCGGCGGAAGGAGUCAUUCUGGAUAAUUACUAUGUACAACCGAUUUGUUCUCCAACGAGAAGUGCCCUUCUCUCGGGCAGAUAUCCAAUACACACAGGUUUACAACAUGGAGUAAUACGUCCUGAUGAGCCCUAUGGACUGCCACUUGACUUCACAACCUUACAACAGGCACUCAAGAAAGCAGGGUAUGCAACACAUAUGGUUGGAAAGUGGCAUCUUGGUUUUUAUGAAUGGCCUUACACCCCAACGUAUCGUGGCUUUGAUUCAUUUUAUGGCUUUUACACAGGAGCUGAAGAUCACUUUAAUCAUGAAAGGAAUGGUAUUCUUGAUCUGCAUGAAAACAAAGAGCCAGUUCAAGAUAAAGGAGGAUUUUAUUCAGCCAGGCUUUAUGCUAAGCAAGCACAGAGUGUCAUCUUAUCCCACAAUGCCUCAACUUCUCCCCUGUUUCUGUAUUUACCAUUUCAAAAUGUGCACGGACCAACACAAGCUCCUGAGGAAUAUGUUGACAAGUACCGAUUCAUUGAAGACAAAACACGACGGGAUUAUGCAGCAAUGGUUGACAUAGUAGAUGAAGCGAUAGGAAAUGUAACUCAAGCUAUGCAGCGAGCUGGUCUAUGGGAAGACACCUUAAUGAUUGUCACUACUGAUAAUGGUGGUAUUCCCCAUGCUGGAGGAUAUAACUGGCCCCUCCGUGGACACAAAGGCAGCCUUUGGGAGGGAGGACUCAGAGGGGUGGGCUUUGUGCACGGAAAAAUGCUGCAGAACACUGGAGUCAAGUGUAAAGAACUACUUCAUGUAACAGACUGGUACCCAACUCUCCUCUACCUCACCGGGAUUACAGAGAAAGACUCUUCUGUUCCUCCACUGGAUGGUUUCAACAUAUGGCACACCAUAUCUGAAGGUGCUCCUUCGCCAAGAACAGAGAUUCUGCACAACAUUGAUUUAGCACCAAGCUCUGGUGUGGACAAUGAAUUAACUGACAAUUAUGAGGGGAUUGCAAUUCGUGUUGAUGACAUGAAGCUCUUGAUGAGUGUGCCCAAUUUGACGUGGUAUAAGCCUCCAGAAUUAUCUCCUGAAUACCAGUGGUUGGAUCAGAAUCUGAGUGUUGAUUCCACAAUAAAAGUUGUGCUUUUUAACAUUACCGCUGACCCAACUGAGCACGUUGACCUCAGUGCGAAGCUCCCGGAUGUGGUGAAGAAAUUGCAAGAUAGAGUGCAAUAUUACAUGAAGGCGCUGGUGCCUCCUUUAAAGAAACCCCCGGAUCCCAAGGCGAUGGAAGUUGCACAAGAAAAAGGAUACUGGGGCCCUUGGAGAAACGAAAGCACUGUGAUGUGGCGAAAGUCGUGAUUAUUCUGUUCACAUUUCUCAGACAUUACUGCAAGAAAGCUCCUGAAGAUUUAGAGGAAGUGGUAUGUGAUAUCGAGUUCCAUAGCAAACUGCACCAGUCCUCUAAACUCACAAGGAAAAACGUUGGGUUUAGAAAUUUCGCUUUUACAGACUACUCUGUAAAUGAGGCAGGUCCGUUAUGCAAAGUUCCAUCACUGUGUCAUUUCGUUUUGUGAGAUUUUGUAGUUAGCCAUUAAAACACAAAUAAUGAGCUGAACAAUACGCUUGUUAAUUCUUUUGUCUUGGAUACUUACUCACCUGUGAACACGUAUAAUAUUUUAAAAGUAUUUUACGGUCGAAAUGAAUAAUCUUAUUAUAAAGAAGGAGGCGCAGUACAUUCUGGCUGUUGCUGCCGGCUCCUCCACUCUUGCACAAAAUACAUACUAUCCCAUGGACAUGGCCUUUUUCUCCCCCUCAGGUACCUCUUACUGCACUGCGGCAAGCCUCCCUUCCUAAGGGGAAGGGUAGGACGUCACUUUGUACGUCCGGUUUAUAACAAAGCAAGGCAAGACUACCAGCAGUCGGCUUUUGAUCCUGACUAGAAAAGUUAGCAUUAUGCAAAUU